AUGGACGAGGAGACAUUUGCCGCGGCUCUAGGCACACAGUUCAGUAUACAGCCUAUGAAGGUUCGCGAACAUUUCCUGGCCUGCCACACUUCCCUACUCCAGAUAUCUCCAACUUUCCUCCAGGCCCAUGCAGUAUCUAUGCUGGGGGAUUCCAGUAUCCCAUUGGCAGGUGUUCCCACGAAGCCAGAGAGCGUUGCGCCGUUCUCUAACGGCACUAACCGCGAUGACUUCGAGGAGGUCACCAUCCAGGAAUUUAUGAGUUACAACAUUACCAUAACCACAUUGGCACAUUCUUCUGUAUAUGCCACGCGGCUGAAAGCUGAAAAAUACGAGCGGUAUAUAACCCACCUAUUUAUAGAUGAAGCGGCCCAGGGUAAUGAGCCCCAAUGUUUGAUACCGAUAUGCGGUUUGCUAUCAUCUAAAGGAAGUUUAAUCCUAGCCGGCGAUCCUCUACAGCUAGGUCCGGUCAUAAUUUCACAUUCCGCCAGGAGUUAUGGUCUAGGCGUAUCGCUGAUGGAACGUCUUCAGAAAACAUUUCCAAUGUACCACCCUGAAGAUGGUGACCCUAACUAUACUGUCAUGCUGAGGAAUAACUUCAGAUCGAACCCGGACAUACUGCGCAUUCCGAACGCGUUAUUCUACAAUGAACAACUCAAUGCUAAAGCAGCAAUAGAUCCUAUAAGCAAUACUGAUAUUUUACAUGAAGGUCAUCCCAGCCGCGCUAUUGCCUUCCACGGAAUAUUAUCUAGGGAGGAGAAAUCAAGUGCGUCGACUAGGUAAAUCAACAUUGCUAUAUCUAUAUAUAUAUAAAAA